AGUCAGGAGAGGAGUGCACUGCACACCGGCGUGGCAGGGCAGCGUGCUCUUCUAUUGUGUUUUUCGGUGAAUUUUUGAGAACUCGAUGAAAUAAAAAUUCAAUCAAUUGACACACCACCCUAGAAAACAAAUAAAGAAAGUAAUGGAUUCGAUUCAAGCUGGUGCAUUGUCCGGUGCUGACAGAGAAGAGUUUAUGCAAGAAGUCAAACAGCAAAUUGCUGUCGCCAAUGCUCAGGAGUUACUCACGAAAAUCACCGAAAAGUGCUUCAAAAAGUGUGUCACCAAACCCGGAACAUCCCUGGAUAGCUCAGAACAGAAAUGUGUUGCCAUGUGUAUGGACCGAUAUAUGGAUGCAUUUAACGUCGUCUCGAGAGCAUACAGCCAAAGAUUACAGAGGGAACGCAAUCGAAUGUAAAUAGACAGAAUUAUUGCCUAACAAUUGUACUGGAGUUAAGAAGGGACUGUUGUUUACUAUGGAGAUUGAAUAAAAAAUGUUGAGUUGUAAAAACAA